AUGGACCCGGUGCAAGACAACAUCAUCCAUGGCAAUGACUCCAAAGGGCUCAUCAGGGUCUGGACACAGACCCCCAAACCCUUUCCCCCAACUCUCUCCAGGCAGCAGCAAGUUCCGAGCCACGAGGCUGAAGGGACUGAGGACAAUGAAAUGCAUUACUCCACCAUCGCCCACGUUGGACAUAAAGGGGAAAAAGAGAAAAAAGCCUUACUUGAGAAUCCAGACAUCCUACCAUCGGUCAGGAAGAAGUCCCGCACCUUCUAUAAUGCAGAGCAGCUAGAAGAGUUGGAGAAGGUGUUCCAUGAAGACCACUAUCCCAACACUGAGAAGAGGAUGGAGCUUGCAGCUGCGUUUGGUGUGAUGCCAGAGCGAAUCCUGGUAACGCCUGCUCGAGGGACAGUGGGUUCUAAGCUGAAUGCAAAAGGCAACAGAAAACAUCCAACAUCGUCACCUCUGUCACAUGAUUAUGGGGUACCUCCUCUGCCUGUGCCUCUGUUGCCUGAUGUUGCUCGUGACCAAUCUGCCGUGCUGGGAGGAAACGCUGCAGCUGGGAACUGCUCCAGCCUGCUCAGAGCACAGCUUGCACCGCUCUCCUCUGCCUCAGCCUCCUCGGUGGCAGGAACGGUGGCAUCUUGUGAAGAAGUUCAGGCGAAGAUGUCGCUACGGCUCGGCUUCAACUCCAGCAGAGUGGACAGCUUCAACUCCAGCAGAGUGGACAGCUUCAACUCCAGCAGAGUGGAGUGCUUCCCGAGCCUUCCCGGCCCUCCUCCCAUCCGCAGGGCCACCAACCUGUCCUUCAACCCCCACAGCCCUGCUGUGUCCAUGGCGCUGGACACUCCCAACAGUGAAUGCUGGUUGUCCAGUCAGGAAAAUGGCUCCAGGGAGGCCUUCACUUACAACAUCCAGAAUCAAGACUUUAGUCCACCACCCUCCUGCCAUUACCCUGAGCAGCUGGAGACUGCAGGGAACUUGGAGACCACGUACUGCCAGUACAGCACAGGGGGAAUUUACCAGCUGUCCCAAUAUUCCCAGCUGUACCAGCUCUCCCAGUUCUGCCAACUGCCAGAUCACCUGGCCACCAAUUUGCUCUCCAGUGACCAGCUCCCUCCUCCAACACCCCCUGAGUCCCAUUCAGCUUUCCUGGCCUUACCUGGUAACACUGGAGCAGUAACCUGUGGAGCCACACAAGGCUAUGGACAAAACUACAUGGGGGGACAGCUCGUGCCACAGCAGUCAAGUGGAAACUCAGCAGACAUCAGUGCCUAUCAGGCUGUCCCCUGGAGUGAUUUCUACAUGCAGGGAGCUCAAUUCUCAAAUCAGCUGCACUCCCAAAUACCACUUUUUAGCACAGCAGAAGGACAGAACUUCAUAGAGCCAUCUCUUCUUCAAGUGCCCAAUGGAACAGCACUGGGAUCCAUGUCACAGGCUGGAAAGCAAAAGGGAGUCACACCAGACCAGAGUUCAAACCAGAGCCACCAAACAGAGCCAGAGCUGGCAUGGCCAUGGCUCGCUGAAAGAGAGAUGAUGUAG